AUGGAAGAAGAGAAGGUUUUAAAGGACUUCCCUGAUAAGCAGAUAACAAUCGACAUUAAUCCAGAGGAAUUGGAAAGUGCAAGGGUGUCACCUGAUAGGCUUCCCAUCAUGAAGAGUCCAGAGAAAUUGGAACCGGAACAUCACAUUGACAAAGAUCUGCGUGCAGCGCUGCAAGGUAGGUGUAGAGCGGUGCCCUCUGUUACAUAUCGCAUGAAGAGGCCUGAGGAAUCGGAAGCUGACGGGGAAGAUACGAGUGAUUGGAUCAUCUACAAGGUUCCCAAUAAGCUCCGGAAGAUACGGCCAGCAGCUUACACUCCCCAACUAGUUUUGAUCCACGAGAUCACGAACACGAAAGAAGAUGGGAAACUUGUGGAAAAAGCCCAGCGUAGCUAUGAAGAAGAGACCUUUGAGCCUGAGAAUAAGAAAAAGUACAGGACGGACUCGAAAAAGUACUGGGAGGACCCGAAAAAUAUUUUACGAGAUGCCUGCUUCAUCCUUAAGCUCUUCCUUAGAAACCACGAAAAUCCAUUUUCACCUCCCGAUGAAGAAGAUAAUAAAGAAGACGAGAAAUAUUCAGGGGAAUACAUAUUAAGUCCAUGGGUUAAGGCAUCUAUAGAACAGGACUUGAUAUUGCUGGAAAAUCAGCUUCCCUUUUUUGUUCUCACUCAACUUUUUCGAAAAUCUUGCACCGAGGAGAAUUCCAAAAAUAAACCUUUCUCCAAGUACUCCGAGGAGGAAAAGAAACAAUUGGUGAGCGAAAUGAAACCUAUCAAACGUUUCACUGAUUUGGUUAGAAAGUUUAUGUAUGACAAAACAGAUGAGUUUCCCAAGAGUUCUUAUGAUUUGACCCGCUGUCUCUAUUCUGUCAAGCAACUGGAUAAUGCGGGGGUGGCGUUUGGGUGUCCUAAAGAUGCUACAUAUUUAACUCGCAUAAAGAUUUGGCCUGAUGUUAAGGAUGAUGAUAAGUGCUGCUGGUGGAAUUGCCGCGAUCGCUGUUGGUGGAAUGGCCGCGGUUGCUGUUGGUUAAAUGGGUGCUGUGGGAUUAAUUGUUUGGAAUUGAAAAUCCCUCAAUUGAAGGUAGAUGAAAACACCGACUGCAUUUUCAGAAAUAUCAUGGCGUUGGAGCAGUUUGUUUAUCCAGAUAAGCCUCGUAUCUGCAAUUAUAUUUUUGUGCUGGAUCAACUCAUCGACACCGUUGAAGAUGUGGUUUUUCUUAUUGACAAGGGAAUCAUUGAGAACUGGCUUGGCAGUAACAGGGCAGUGGCUGCCUUGGCUAACAUACUCUCGACCAAAUUGUGA